GUCGUACUCUUCUUGUAUUUGUGGUCGAGCUAUACAACCUCAAGGUGGUGCUUACUACUGUGAUUUUUGUGCACGUCAUGUCACUAAUGUCACUCCUAGAUUUAGGAUUAAAAUAUCAGUGGAGGAUCAAAUUGGUCAUGGUAUAUUUGUGUUAUUUGAUCAUGAGGCUUCUUAUCUAUUAAAGAAGUCUUGUGCUGACUUAUUCUCUGAAUUUCAGUUUGAUGCAAAUGUUGUAUGUGGGGAUACAUAUCCUGUCACUUUUCAACAACUGGUUGGAAAGAAGUUGUUGUUAAAGUUGAUACUAAACUUGUUGGUCCUGAUAAGUAUUUUGGAACUUUUCGUGUUAGGAGAGUUUGUGAUGAUAGUACUAUUGUUGCAAUGUUUGAACUCCCUAAUUAUGACGCUGAUGAUGAGUCAACUCCAUUAAAGGAUGAAACCUUCAAUGUUACCAAGUUUUUACCUUCUGGUUUGGGAGGAUCUAUUUCCAAUAAGCUACAUUUAACAAAUAUCAAAAAAGAAUCUCUAAUUGUAAUUGAUUUCCUAACCAAAAAGGAAUCUGAAGUUACCAGUUUGGAAGAUAUUGUUGCUGAUGUUGAUAUUGCUAAACAAAAUGUCAAUGAAUUGCAUCAGAAUACUACUGUUACAGAGGAGUUUGCUGAAGAUCUUGAUAUACUGAUAAAUUCACCAGUCAAAGAAAUUCAGAUGGGUAAGUCUCAGUCAAAUGCUGCUGCUAGAUUUCAUAGACGAAUGUCUCUAAAAAGAAAACAAGGAAGUUCAUUGUCCAGUUCAGAAGGUUAGUAAGGGG